UUCUGACUUCCUCUACAUUGAAGCGUUCUGGUUAAUCACGACUUGGUUCAUACCUAUGCUGCACCUGAACGCCCGGAGCGAGGCCAAUUAGACGGGCAUUCUACGCGACUGCAUUCCAGUCAAACAAAUAAUCUCGGCUCGACUUCGAUCCACCCAGGCCCGCGACACAUCAUGUCCGGGCACGAGAGGGAAGCCUCAAGCGAUCGAGACGGCGCUGCGGGCCACAAGCAUUCCUUCAGCCUCACCGACGGUAGAGGCAGCGUGCCCAUGUGGGACAGCUCUGACCCCGAACGCGCGCCGCCGCCAUUGCCCCUCAACCCCUCCACAGGCUCGUCGCCGACCAAAGCCAACACAUCUGCUGGUAUUGCCGCCGCUGCCAAGGCCAUAGUAGAGAAGGCACGGGAGAGCGCGCCCAUAUCGAGCUAUACGCAGAAUAAGAGCGGUGAUGAGAGAAGUCUAGUCAAGGGCGCGCACCACAAGCGCAUGCAAUCGUUGCAAACCAGUCCGGUCAAGGACUUGCGCAGCUACCUCGAGAAUCGAUCUCCAGAACGUCCCCAAGAGCGUCCUUCAUCACGGCACUCAUGGAUGCCAGGUCGGAUGAACAGUAUCGAGGACCUCUCGCCGACGCCACAGCGUAGCACGACUCCGACGCCUGCAGAGAAAGAGCGAGACAUCAUGAAAGACACGCCUACCCUCAGACCGGCUACAAGACAACGACACUCCAUAUAUGGCGAGAACACCCCCCCUUCAGCGACGAUGCUGGCAUUACAAACCAUGCAGGUGCCGGACCCCCCUCUCAGCGAUAUCACGAAUGGAAACGCACCGAGCACACCAACCGGCACGCGCAUGCACACAACCUACGACUUCUCGAGCCAACUACUCAAUCUGACUACCAUCGCGACCAAUUUGCAGAACGAGAUGAAGAACCUGAGUCGGCGCAGUAAGGACAAUGCCACAGAUCUCUUGACGUUGAAAGAGGCUACAAACUCUCGCGACGAAGACAUCCGGAAGAGUCUCCGCGAUUUGGCAACGACGGUGUCGACUCAGGGCCUUCUGCCGCCUCCCACAGUAGGCGGCUCCACGCGCAGCACUAGCAGUUUUGGUCACUACAUUGAUAGCAGACCUUUUGGAUCGCCUCCAUCCGUCCCACGAGCCGCCAGCGCCCACAGUUUCCUAGAUGAACCAAGAUGUCCUGGAUCUCCAUCUCCAUACUCGGUUGAGGGUGCCGCCAGCGUGGCCAUGCUGGAGAAGAUCAUUCGUGAGAUGGUCACUAAGGAUGGGCAGGAUCGCCUUCUGGUGACUUUGUCCGAGCUGCUGGAGAAGAGUGGCAAAGAGAACAAGGAAGCCAAGCGCAAGAUCGAGGAACUGACGGCAUUUAUCAGAGAACGAUCUCAAUCGCAGGCAUUGGUCCCGCAUCAGGAUGGAAACCAGUCGAGCGCGAGACGUGAUUCGAACGACGAAGAAGUUCUCAGACUUCUUCAACGCAUCAAAGACUCUGUUACACAUUCUGGUGGCACUUCUUCUGAGGUCAAGGGUCUCGUGCGCGAUCUCCGUGGCGAAGUACUUGGCAUGGGUAGAGAGCUCGGCAAGAAACUGGAUCAGAUUGGCGACGCCCAGCUCAAUAGUACACUGGACAAAUCGAUAAACGACGGCAAGGAUACAGAACACCUCGAGGAAGUGCAGCGCAUCGUCGAGGAGGGAGUCGCAGAACUGAAGACGAAUCUGGCCAGCAUUUUGAAGCAGCGAGCAGAUCAGGAUGAUGACACCUACAAGCAACUUACAGUCGCCCAAUCUGGUCCCAACGCGGACGAGAUGCUGGCAAUGGUACAGCACGCCCUGGUCGAGCACGGCAAGAGCGUGGAGAAGGCGCGCGAGCUUGAUGCUGAAAACGUGGGCGUGGACCGAGACGGCGUCCUAGCCGCUGUCAAGGAGGGUCUACAAGACUUCGAGCCCAACAUUGAGCUUCAACAAUUUGGCCUCGAGCGCGAUGAGAUAUUGAAUGUGCUCAAGGAGGGCCUCGAAGAGUAUCGCCAGAACCGAGAAGAGCCAACACCUGCUCAGAUUGACAAGGGUGAGAUCUACGAAGUCAUGCAAGAGGCGCUCAAGGACUUCCAGGCUCCCUUACCGGCAGAGCAGCUUGCACAACUCAAGGAGGAGCUCAUCGGAAAUGUGCGACAGGCACUGGACGAGUUCACGCCCUCGCCGACGGAAGCGCCAGUCAGUCAUGAAGCCAUGAAUGCCAUGGUGCUUGCAGCCGUGACUGCUGGUCUUGCAGAGCAUGGAUCAGCUCCUCGUGAACUUGAAAUCAGCCGCGAUGACCUCUUCGACGCAGUCAAAGCUGGCCUGGACGAUCCUUUCGGCGGAUUCAGCGAUCAAGUCCUGAAGCAGCUUAGCGACCUCAUCGAUGGUAUGCGUGGAGAGUUCAAACAGUACUCUGCUGCCAACGGCCGUGAUACGGAACAAGUGCUGGAUGCGAUCAGAGACGGCCUCGAGUCACUGCGGCGAGAAAUCGAGACUUAUGUUGAUCGUGCCCAAGACGUGACCGGCAAGGACGAAAUCGUUGACACCGUGAAGAGCGGCCUGGAACAGCUGCGUGAAGAUGUCAAAGGCUUCUGUGCUGAAGGACCAUCACAUGAUGGCGGUAGGGCCGAUAUGCUGGAGUACAUCCGAGCUGAAUUUGAGCAACUGCAUGCUGCGAUCAAGGAUACUGGUUCUGUGCGAGACGUUGAAGAGUCCAAUGCCGGACAGACAACUGCGGUCAUCAUGGUCCUCAAGGAAGGGCUAGACGACCUCAAAGCACACUUUGAAAGCCGCGGCGAAGAUUUGGUGAACAAUGAGGACCUCAACGAAGCCAUGAAGGAAGAGUUUGAUCAGCUCAAGGGCGCAAUUUUGAACGCCAAUGCCGCCGACAAGAACGAGCUCAUGGAGACGAUACAAGAUUCCAUGGCUGUACUACACGGUAAACUCAGUGGUAGUGAGUUGAGUGCGCUGGCUGGUGGUGCUACUGAUGAGGUGGUCACUGCUCUUCGAGAAGAGCUUGCCACACUCAAGGAAUCCAUUCAGGCCACGAUUAGCGACACCGACAAGGAUCAAAUCGCUACCAGCAUCCGCGAGACCAUUGAAGAUCUCCGUACGCAGAUGCUGGCGGACCAGGGCGAUGCUUCUGCGACAGCAUUGGCUGCCGUGAAGCAAGAACUGGAAGCUUUCAAAGAUUCACUUGGCAGUGCUCUCGUCGUCGGAGGCUCUGGCGAGCGAUCAACAAGCGAGGACGACAAUGAGACCCUGCGCUCAAUUCGCGCGACUCUCGACGAGGUCAAAGACACAGUUUCCAAGCAUGAAAGUGAGGGCAUCUCCACCGAACAGCUUGAAGCUAUUCGAGGCGAAUUCGAAAACUUGCGCACUUCUAUCGCCAGUAGUGUCGUUCUCGGUGGUAACAAUGAAGAAGUUCUCGAUGCAGUCCGUCUUGGCUUGGAUGACUUGCGUUCGCAUCUUGAAAAGAAGCUCGAUAACCCAGAGACUGUGAUGCAGCAUCAGGGACAAGUGCUCGACGCGAUCAACGAUGGCCUGGAAAGCUUACGAACCGAUAUCGUCAAGACCCUUGAUAAGCCGCUUGACCAGACUGUCAACUAUGAGAUUCUCGAAACGCUAAAGGAUGGCCUGGCUAAUCUCCGCGCCGAAAUGGAGAGAAUCAAGUCCGUCGACGGCAAGCCGGAUGAGCCGCUCGGAGGUGAAAUCGUUCUUGCAGAUGGUGUCGCAGGUGACCUCACGCGCGAGUUGUCGCCAGAGGAUAUUGCAGCAGCCGAGGCUGCCUCCAAGCCCAGCAGUGGUGUCAGCAAGUCUGAUUUCGAGAGCAUCGAAGUGCUGCUUGCCCAGCUCCAGAUCAAGAUCGAAGCCAUUGACCAUGCUGUGCAGGAAUUCCCUGGCCAAACCUUUCAGGCCCAAGUCCCUGAAGGCGUUGCACUCAAGGAAGAUCUGACAAGCCUGGAGAGCAUAAUUCGUGAGGUUCAGGAGAGUGUAGUCGGCCUUGGGUCGAAGUCUGAGGAGCGAAGUCCCGAAGGUGCUGCUCUAAAGGAAGAUACCGACGCCAUUGAGACAUUGCUUCGCAACACCAAGGCUCAACUGGAUGAGAUGGUCUUACCCGAUCCCGCCACUGCUGCCACGAAGGAUCAUCUCGAUGAGAUACAAGUUGCCGUGGCAGUCGCGAAUGAAGCGCUUAUUGGCAUUGGCGAAAAGCUUGACAAUUCGACAGCAUCCAAGGCUGACGUGGCCGUGGUGGAGGUGCUUGCUUCUGACAUCAAGACCAUGAUGGACGAACUCAAGGAGAAGAGCGCCGCUCAAGAUGCAGAGGAGAAGCCUGAGUUGGUGACGAAGGCUGAUCUCGAUGCGCUAGGAGUCCUAUGCACCGAGAUCAAGACCACUGUCAGCGAGAUGCACAACCCAGAUCCAGAGACUGUUCCGACCAAGUCUGACGUGGAACAGCUGCACGGGUUGAUCAACGAUUUCCGCGAGAGCCAUGACAAGAUGCGCGACAGCUACGAGACAGAUAUCGCCGUUACUGCCAAAGCAUUCGACGAUCGCAAGAAGGAAUUCGACGACACCAUUACACAUCUCGAUGGAGUCAAGAAUCUCAUUACAGAGAUCAAGGUUGAGCUCCUCGAGAAGGUCGCAGAAGGGGAGACUGGCAUUAACGCGCUCGGUGUGACACUCAAGGGUCUCGAGGAGCGUUCUGAUAGUGCAGCUGUCGUGGCCGAAGUCAAAGAGGUCAUGGAGAAAUUGAAGGAAGAGUUUGAAAAGAGUCAUACAUCCAUCGAGGCGAUCAAGGUCGAUCAUGCAGCAUCUGCGGAGUCUGCGCUGGAGAAGCAGUCCGAGCACAAGGAUGCUGUUGUCACUGAACUGAGUGGGAAGCUUGACACUUCCUUUGAUGCGCUGAUGAGCAAAUAUGACGAUGCUCAGACUGCUGCAGAGGAGAAGUCGAAGGCAAUGGCCGAGAACGUCUCCAAGCAGGAAGAGCUUCUCAGCAGUACGAAGGAGAUGGCCGACGAGCUCAAGCUCUCCAUUGAUACACUCGGCUCGACCUUGACUGCAUUCAUCGGCGAUCUUCCUGCACAAGUCGAGAAAAUGACUGAAGAGUCCAAGACUGUGUUUGCUCAAGCCGAGACAACCCAGGCCAAGCUGGAAGAGACCUCUGAAGCGCUCAAGGGCGAACAUACCGCGACUCGGGAAGAGGUUGCUAAGGUUCUUGCUGCUGUCGAUGUGGUGCAGAGUGACAUGGCGGACCACAACCCACGCGUCAUGGUCACACUGGAGGAAGUGCGGGCGUUGAUCAAUCAGCACUAUGAGCACUCUCAACAAGCAUCCACCGUGGCGGAAGAGCAGGCUCAGGCAGUGAGAGAGUUGCAAGAUGUCCUCAAGGCUGGUUUCGAAGAGAGCAAGACUCAGCACGCCGACGGGCUCAAGUCCCACCACGAAGCAUUAGAAAAGUCUUUGCCGAUGCUUAUGCCACCGCCCGUGGAAGCCCCUGCUCCUCCCGAGAAGUACGAUGACACUUCUGUCCACGAGAAGCUUGACCAACUCAUGGGACAUGUCGAAGAGGCCAAGGACCGCUCCUCUCAGCUUGAACGCUUGGACGAGAUCCACGCCAAGGUCAUGGCCACUGCGAGUGAAGUGUCUGCUUUCGUGGCCGCUCAGAAUAAACAAAUUCAAGAUGACCACGAUAGCAAGGAGAAAGAAGCCGAAGAGAUCGCUCUUCUUCUUGAACGUCGUCUGGAGCGCAAAGAUCAGCUUGAAGCCGACAUUACGGUUCUUAACGAGGAAAAGAUGUCUCUUCAAGCGGCCGUUGAGCAGCUUAAGGCUGAGAAGGAGGCCCUCGCCACACAGAGGUCGCGUCUCCAUGCCGAUGUCUCUGCUAUGGAGACUGCAAUACACAUUCGCCGUGACGAGCUGCAUGAUAUGGACAACAAGGCAGCAGCCAUCGAGCGACGCAUGCUGGAAGGGGUCAUGAACCAGUCUCGCAUGUUGUUAUUGUCCAAGUCAGUCAAGCCGACUUCGUCACCACCGAAGAAGAAGCCGCUGGGUCGCGACCUUCGUGUGCCGAGCAAUGCUUCUGCGGUGUCUGCCCAGACAGUCACCUCUUCUGUGCCACCUAUCAAAGCAAAUCAUGCCUUAGCCAUGAAGGCACGGCCUGGUCUUCUGCGGAACGGGAUGAUCGCACCAAACACGGCUGAGCGACGAAUCAUGUCCCUCAACCAGAUCAACCAUAACGUUCCCACAGGAGCGCACGCGUUCUCGGCUGAGAGGCCCAGCCUGGCGAACGGCGGUGGGCUUGGUAACGUCAAGCGCAGCCAUUCUGUCAAGCACAACUUCAUGCGUAAGCCUUCGUGGACAGAGCGCAAACAGCGCGUCGCUUCUCUUGCGUCCACAGCGGAGAACAAGGAGAACGAGCUGUCAGACGAAGACGAUAUGGCCGAUGCUUCACCCCAGGAGUUUGGCUCCGAUGUUGGCACAGAGCGCAGAACAAGUUACUUGUCUGGCACAGAUGGCAGCCUGUCCUACGCUACAGGCAGCUAUCUGGGAGAGGAGGGCGAGACUCCUGACGAGGAUGAGCGCCGCCGUAGUCUGGCCCCCAGCGACAUGACCUACGAAACCGGAUCGUAUCUGAGCAACGGCUCAUACCUUACUGGCACCGACCUCGACCGCCGCACAUCCAUUGGAAGCUCGGCAAAUGGUCAGCUGGGUCAGACUCCAGCUCAUGAACGCGAUGCGCAGCUGGGUGCGAUCAACGAGUCGGAGCUCUCAGAUCUCCCUCGCUCCAGUCUCAGCACUGUGCCUGAGGCGCAGUCGGAGAUCAGCAGUGUUGCUCCAAUUGAUGCCACUGCUUCUGAGAUUGAGGCUGCGGUGCAGGAGGUGAUGGGAGAAAUGGACAAGAAGGAGCUGGAGGGAUAUUAUGCUCCACCAAGCGAUAGUGGGCUUGGUACUGACUGUCCUACUGCCGCAAUUGAAAGUGGCACCGAAGGCAGCAGUGCCGGCUACUUCAAGUGAUGCAGUUGACAAAAAUGCUUUGAGGGCGACUGUCUUUUUUUUUUUAAGGGGGUGGGGGGGUGAAGGAGAGCUUGGCGCAUCCUAUGGGGCGGCCCAAGAUGUGCACAGAUUGACCGACGACAUUGAACGUUUCUGGAUGAUGACAUUGGAUGGUAGCGUUAUAGCGGCGUUCUCUUUCGUUUCACGAUAUGUAUAAUGAAUGCACAAUAAUGUUGAC